AUUUAAUCUUUUUCCCUGAAUACAAGCUAAUAAGCUAUACAUAUCCUCCAGCAUACAGGUAACAAAAUAAUAAGCAUCAUCAGCUGCAGUGAAAAAUUGCAGAGAGGAUCACAAGCUAAUUACACGCACAGUAAGGGUGCGAGUGUGAGAGAGAUGUCGGACGAGGAGCACCACUUCGAGUCGAAAGCCGACGCCGGCGCCUCCAAAACUUACCCUCAGCAAGCUGGAACCAUUCGUAAGAACGGCUACAUUGUCAUCAAGGCCCGCCCUUGCAAGGUUGUUGAAGUUUCCACUUCUAAAACCGGAAAGCACGGUCAUGCUAAAUGUCAUUUUGUCGCCAUUGAUAUCUUCACCGGUAAAAAGCUGGAAGAUAUUGUCCCCUCCUCUCACAACUGUGAUGUUCCCCACGUCACUCGAACUGAUUACCAACUGAUUGACAUCUCUGAAGAUGGAUUUGUGAGUUUGCUGACUGAAAAUGGUAACACCAAAGAUGAUUUGAGGCUGCCAACUGACGAGAACCUUCUCACCCAGAUCAAGGAUGGUUUUAACGAGGGUAAGGACUUGGUGGUGAGCGUGCAGUCAGCAAUGGGGGAGGAGCAAAUAUGCGCUCUCAAGGACAUUGGUCCCAAGUAG